CAAGGUUGAGACUGCAUGGAGACCCCCUACCUCCCCCAUCCAAGGAGACCCUCAUUUUUGGGUUGGGCGUUAAAGUCCUGCCCCGAGGGAAUGAUGAGAUGGGGCAGCAGGGGUCUGGGCUGGCGGGGGAGGGAGUGCAGGGGCACAGAGGUGGCAGGACUGGGAGGGUGGGGGUCUGGCUGACUUCACUUCUCCCCUGGGGGGUGAGGGCUCCUGUGGUCCUGGCUGACUUGUAGGGGCUGGAGCCACCUUCGGGUGGGCCUGGGGAGGGUGCUGGGUGUUUCCUGGGUGGGUUAGAUUGGGGAAUGCUCCCCGUCUCCAGCCCUCGGGGUGCGGUAGAGUCUGGGGGCUGCAGGCCAGGGAAGAGUAGGGGAGGCUCUGGAGCGGUCGGCCUGAGCCUGAUAGACAGGAACUUUCUCCAGGUGUCAGGGACGUGGUACCUGAAGGCCAUGACAGUGGACAGGGAGCUCCCUGAGAUGAAUCUGGAAUCGGUGACACCCAUGACUCUCACGAUCCUGGAAGGGGGCAACCUGGAAGCCACGGCCACCAUGCUGAUAAGUGGCCAAUGCCAGGAGGUGAAGGUCGUCCUGGAGAAAACUGACGAGCCGGGAAAAUACACGGCCUACGGGGGCAAGCACGUGACAUACAUCAUCAGGUCACACGUGAAGGACCACUACAUCUUCUACUGUGAGGGCGAGCUGCACGGGAAGCCGAUCCGAGGGGUGAAGCUCGUGGGCAGAGACCCCGAGAACAACCUGGAAGCCUUGGAGGACUUUGAGAAGGCCGUGGGAGCCCGCGGACUCAGCUCAGAGAGCAUCCUCAUCCCCAGGCAGAGCGAAACCUGCUCUCCAGGGAGCGAUUAGGGGCAGGGGCACCUUGGCUCCUCAGCAGCCCAAGGACAGCACCACCCAGCACCUCCGUCGUUCACAGGGACAUGGAAAAGCUCCCCACCCCUGCAGAACCCGGCCGGCUGCACCCCUUCCUACCACCCCCCACCUUCCCCUGGCCCUGCGCCCCCUCUCCUGGUUCUCCAUAAAGAGCUUCAGCAGUUC